GAGAGAAUUCAGACGCUCGUCUCCAUUGACGAGAAGCUUGGCCUGCAGCGAGCGAGCCUCAGUGUUCGGGACUCGCCCGAGCCCUCCACAGCUUGGCUCCUGGGCCGGCGGAGAGAGGUCAGGUCAGAAUUUGGAAUUGAGUCAGGAAUUGGAGUUGGAAUUGGAAUCGAUGAUCGGGUCCUCGUUCGCUUUAGGGGCACCGUCGUAAGGAUUGGGGGAUUGUGACGGCUGUGGGAUUGAAGCCCAGCAGGAAAUUGGAUCAAUCAGUGCGCUUGUUCGGAUUUCUUGAGGAUGAGACGAUCAAGAGAAAGAGUGGUGGUCAGAUGCCACAUUGACUGUCGACAUCGUUGUGGCGCUUGGCGCGGUGAGUCUGGGGCCAGGGCUGAGGAUUCGGAAUUGAGGGCAUGAGGAUUCGGGUCUUCGGUCAGGGUCGAGGAAAGUUUGUUCUUCUAGCUUAGUGGGGACAGAUUUCCUGGCUGCCACGAUGCACAUCGUUAGUCCUCAAGUGGUGCUGGUGGCAGUGAGCACAGCCGUGAUAAUCUUGCUUCUGUACCUCGUCACGGAAGACAGCACGACAAUCGCCUCGAGCAAAGUUCCCGUCGCAUCCUUGUUCAUAGUGGAACCGCUCGAGAGCAGAGGGACAGAUUCAGCAGCAGACGAGGGUCCGUCCUCGCCCGACGUGGAGCUGCGCCCGGAGGUCGCGAAGCUCGUGAGCGCAAUCAAGGAGGCCACUCGAGUGGCAGCAGGAGGAAAGGAGCCGAGCUUCAGCGACGACGAGAGGGAUGCCUGGCACGCCGAGAAUCCGUGCCGGAGCAGAAGGGAGCUGCUGCCCAAGUACGCGCGCAGAAAGCACGUCAAAGAUGUGGCGCGCAAUCGGCAGUGGGAUGUGGUUCUCAGAGAAUACUCGAAGCUGCAUCGCACGUGCUUGCGAACCUCGGGCAAUCUCACGCACUACUUCAUGACGAAAUCGACCAGCAAUGGGUGCAAGUUUCUCAUCGCCGAUGUCAUGGGCGGAUCGGGCCUGGGGAACAAAAUCCUCGUCGUCCUGUCCAACAUCCUGUACGCGAUUCUCACGCAGAGAGUCGUCCUCGUGCCGACUGACACUCUGCUGCCCUUCGUCUUCUGCGAGCCAUUCGAGGGCUCGUCCUGGAGAGUGGACAAUGACUCCAUCCCCUACCCGCCUCUGAGCCAUCCCUCGCACUGGCAGCCGCCGCAGGAAUUCUACGACGAAUUCGACCGUUCCAUGAGAGACUCGGCCGGCCAAGCGGCAACCGGCAGUCGACCGUACGCUUCGGCCGUGACCAGCCUCGGGCUGAGGAAGCCGUGGAUCCUCGACGACCAGUGGCACCCCAGGGACCGGUUCUUCUGUAACCAGGAGCAGGAGCGGUACCGGGACAUCCCGUGGCUCUACAUGACCGGCUGCCUGUACACGCUGCCCAAUCUGUUCGCCGUGGGGUCGUUCCGCCCGACUCUGGAAGCCUUGUUUCCCGACCGGAUGGCGCUCACGCACCUGCUGCGGACGGUCAUGCUGCCGGGCGACACGGUGUGGGACCGCAGCAUUCGCAUCGACGACGCGUACUUGGCGCACGCCGAUCGGAGGGUGGGGAUCCAGGUCCGCUACAAGGACGGAACCCCGCACUACCGGAAGAUGAACGAGCUGUACAACGCCAGGAUCACGGAGUGCGCGCGGGCGAACGGCAUUCUUCCGGACGUCGACGUCUCCGUCGACGAGCGGACGGACGACUCUCACGUCGCGCAGGCGGCGCGCCCGAAGCGCAGCGUCGUCGCGGUGUUCAUCGCGUGCCUGUACACGGGGCUCCACGACCAUCUGACGAGGCUGUACCUGCGCCAUCCCUCGGCUGGCGGCGAGAGCGUCGCGCUCGUGCAGGUCACUCACGAGGACCGGCAGGAGUUCGGCGUGGAGGUUGACCGGCAGGCCCUGGCGGAGGUCAUGUGCCUGAGCUUCUCGGACGACCUCUUCGUCACGCCCAUCUCCACGUACGGCGGCGUGGCGCAGGCCUACGGCGCGCUGAACCCCUGGUUCCUCGAAAUCAGACCCAAUGUCGAUAAACCCUGCACCCGGGGCGUGUCCGUGGACAUCUGCUACCAGGGCGGGCUCGAGAAAUACGUGUGCCCUUAUGAUGCCAAGGUGAAUGGGCAGCCAAUUUCGCAUGUGGUGCCUUAUUUGAAGAGAUGUAUUCCUGAAGACUACGCUCGUGGUGGCGUCCAGCUCAUCACAAACCAUUCCAGCGUGCUGCCUUCAUAGCAGGGGCGAAUCGUCCUGGGCCCACUUUUUGUUACGCCCAGAUGUGGUUGCAAUUGUAUAUAUUAAUUUGACUUUCAUGCUCGUUGGUGGACUUUGGUGAGACGUCUUCUGAUUGUCGAGUAAAUUCUGAGCUGCUCGACGAUCAACUUUUUGUACUUCGAGAUGUAAAGCCAUCGUGAAGCUCGGACGAGACGGACGGCCAAUUCCUCUGCGAUUUUGGGGUGGAACACCAUUUCUGUACAUUGCCGCUGUGGAGGUAGCUGAAUGUUCUUGGAGAGAGAGGCGAGUAUGCGCCAACUGCGUGCCUGUUGAACAUGGAGUUGAUACCCUACGUGUUCGGAGAUUGUGCGCUGAUUGGUGAUAGAUGCUUUGAGGUUUUUAUCAUCAAAAGUCAAAAAAGAUAUUCGAGUUUCAGCGGAUGCCAUUUUAGCACACCAAGGAACAGUGACGAUAUUGGACAGUUACACUCAUGGAAAACCAUGGACUUCUCAUGUGUUCUGUAACUUACUGCUUGAUCGGGUCAUUCAAUUAUUUCACAGCGGCGACCCCGAGAAAAUUUUAGGCAUCAUUCAUACGCACGAAGAGAAUUACUGAAAGAAGGGAAAGGAUUUUCCUGCCAAGGAUUUCUCCUUUUUUCGUUACAGAUACGGUCAAUAAACAUGCCGGUGCGAUAUUCCAGGCAUUCUUUCCAGCUGUUGUUGUUGGUCGUGAUGUCAAUCAGUGGUAUGAAAUCAAUUGAAAACCCGUCUAACGUCGUUAGAUCUUUUCUCUGCAUAGGUUGCGAAAGUGGGUUACUAACAUAUCAGUCUACUGGACUGAUUGGAUGGGAUCUGGUGCAAAAUUGUAGGAAGUAUGAGAAAGUGUUAUUCCUCCCGUAAUGCUUCAUAUGCCUACAGUG